UGUCACUAAAGGUACGCAGACUUUAGUCAGUUCAUCUCAGAUGGGAUUUAUAAUUGCUAAACUUGUGUUUGGGUCGCUUUUAAGAAGCUCAGAUGUAGUUUCUGGUGUUGGUCAGGAUGCUGGAACCUAAUUGUCAUUUGACAAAGACAUCAUCAUGAUCAUACUUUGCUGCUAGUGUUCAUUUUCAUCCCGUUUCUGUGAUGCAUCCUGGCGCAAGAGAAGACAGCAAUGUGGAGACCACACAGUGCUGUGGAUCGACGCAGGCCCAGAUGAAAGGACAACAAGCCUCUACAACUAGUCACCCACAGUCUAUCAUGGUGGUCCAUUCCACGCCAACAGGGGAAAAAAUUCAUUGCGAGAGCUACUUCAUAAAUACGAAGCCUGACAAAUCUGCACUUGCUGACCCCGAGGCAGAGACUUCUACUAAUUUUGCACCAACUAGAAAACGCUACAAAAGCACAACGGAUAUCCCUUAUCGAGGGAGUUUUUGCUUGCUGCCUCCCUGCACCCCAGGAGUCAUAGAUAAAGAGCAGAACAUCUGGCGCCGCUGUUCAGUGAGCGAGACCAACAAUGUCUCACACUUCCGUCGUCAUGCCCUCAGUGUCCCCAACAUGGGCUCCUCCAGUCCCCUUCAUUUCACCCACAGCAGCCCUCUCCACACCAGCCCACUCUCACCAGCACACAGCAACGUAUCGAGCCCUGGAAGGGAAAUGGAGAGGCUUGCAAAGGCUCGAAGUAAACUCCUAGAGAGUGAAAGCAACCAGACACCCAGACUUCCUGCAGAAACCAGAGAGCAACUUCGCUACGUGUCCAAGGAUGGAAAGUGCAGAGUCAAUCUAGGCCACAUUGAUGAAAGGGGGCGUUUUCUUUCUGACAUCUUUACCUCUUUUGUGGACCUCCAGUACCGCUGGUUUCUAUUUGUUUUUAUGAUGUGCUAUAUUACAACCUGGUUCCUAUUCGCUGGCCUUUACUAUGUCAAUGCAUCCAUUCGGGGUGACCUCGGUCAAGAACAACCUCUUGGCACAACUCGGGACCAGUAUGUAGACCAAAGUCACUGCUAUUUGGGAAUCGAUGGCUUCGUAUCGGCUCUUCUGUUCUCCGUGGAGACGCAGCGCACCAUUGGUUAUGGCUCACGGACUGUUUCCCCCACCUGCCACGAAGGUGUGCUACUGGUCAUGAUGCAGUGCAUCGUGGGCUCCAUGAUCGAUGCCCUCAUGGUGGGCUGCAUGUUUGUGAAAAUAUCUCGUCCCAAAAAGCGAGCCGAGACGCUUCUUUUCAGCCGCACGUGCGUCAUUGCGAACCGCGACGACCAGCUGUGCCUGAUGUUUCGCCUGGGAGACCUGCGCGAGAGCCACAUGGUGGACGCAAAGGUCCGAGCAAAGUUAAUCAAGUCCCGGCAGACAGCCGAGGGGGAAUUUCUACCCCUGGAGCAGACAGAGAUUGACCUCGGAUAUGAAACUGGAUCAGAUCGCCUCUUCCUGGUUGAACCUCAAGUCAUUCAGCAUAAUAUCGGCGCAAGCAGCCCGCUGUGGGACCUGGGGCCCGAGCAACUCCGACGGCAGCAGUUUGAGAUAAUUGUUAUAUUGGAGGGGAUAGUCGAGGCCACAGGAAUGAUGUGCCAAGCCAAAACAUCUUACAUAGAAACAGAGAUUGAGUGGGGCGCUCGCUUCGAACCCUGCAUGAUGCUGGAGAAAGGCUCAUUUCGAGUGGAUCUGCGUAGGUUCCACACCACAUACAAGGUACCGCUUCCAAACUGCAGUGCCAACCAAGCACACCAGCUGAUGGUUCUGGCAGGGUGCAAAGUCCAAAGCCACACCACCUACGGGGAGUGGGAUGCUUGGGCAGAGGGAACAGCUGCAGAAGACAAAGACAAGUCUCCGUCUAACAUUCGGUUUACCAUAGGUGACAUUCAGGAGGAAAGAACGUCAGAAGACAUCGAGGAGCUAACUCCAGGUCCAUGUAUGGGACAGACAGACAUGGGAAAACGCGACUGCAGCUGCUCAAAAGGUCGACCUGCUGAGCCCAUUCCACCAGACAUAUCUCUGCAUCAGAAAAGUAUGACUUCAUCCUCUGUAAUGAUGCAAUAUAUCGGCCCUGGCCAGCAAGCCAAGAGCAAAGGAUUCAGAGGAGAGGAGCCCACCCAUCAUUUGUCACAUUUUACAAGCUGCUGCCGGGCUGUAUGUUGAAGAACUGAAGCACAUGGUCCAAGCAGAUGUAAUGUGUUUAAGUGCGGAUGUGCUGGCAGCAACACUUGUGUCUUUUGUACAGACGCACAGGAGGUUCCAUCUCAUGAAUAUUCUGCACAUUUGUGCAUUUUGGUUAAAUAUGUGUGUUUAUUAUCUUCAUUUUUUUUUUUUUGCAUUCUUAUGUGUUUUUUGU